ACUGCACAGGGAGUCACUGAGGGUUGCGGAGGGCUAUACAGCAGUCCUCUUUGUGGUGCUGAUCGUCGAGAGAGGAGCGGUGAACAUGCCCAGACCAGUACAUCAUCAUUGACACCGGCAUUGAGCUCUUCUCCGUGGAUAAGUUUGCCAAAAUGAACGGAACCGCAGACAUCUGCAACCAGUGUCGGAACAUGAUCAAAGAGAAGAUUGUACUGUUACUGUAGACUGCGUAAUCUGCGUAUAGAGAGCUGCUGAACUGCAACUCUGUACAUAUUGUAAAUGGGUCAUUCCUACAAUUUGGGGACAUUCCGGCUUUGAAACUUUUGAGCAUCAGGGUGGACAUUCAGUGGAUAAAUGAGCAGCUACAAGGUCUGUGAUUGAUAUCUAGGAAGCAUAUUUGUAAGGAGAAAGGAAUGAAAAUGUCAAGACACAUAUCAAUGGGACCAAGCUCAUUUAUUCCAGAAAAUGAGAUCAUAGGAGCCAUGCCGCUUAGUGAUUCCACAGUACUGUUGUUAGAUGAAGAGUUCAGUGGGCGUGUGGAUAACCUGACGCAGGUGAUGGGGCUCCACCCACAUUACCUGCAAGCCUUCCUGCGCUGCCACUAUUACCUCCUGAGGAUGGAUGGCCCUCUACCACUCCACUAUAGACAUUACAUCGCUAUAAUGGCUGCAGCACGCCAUCAGUGUUCCACAUUGGUGUGUCAACACAUACAAGAGUUUGAGCAUAUAGGCGUGUGUUCUGAUUGGCUCAGAGGUUUGGAGUUCUGCCCGCAACGACUACGCAACCUCAAUGAGAUAAACAAGAUUCUUGCGCACAGACCCUGGCUCAUCACCAAACAACACAUACAGGCUCUGGUGAAGACAGGAGAACACAGCUGGUCUUUGGCAGAGCUGGUUCAUGCUGUCGUCCUGUUGGCUCAUUUUCAUGCCUUGUCUAGUUUUGUAUUUGGUAGCGGUGUCAACCCUGACCCUGAGGUCACAGAGGUCAAUGACCUUUGCCCCCCAGCCACUGCAAGUUUGUGCACCUGCCACCUAACAAAGAGCAACCAAGCCAACGGGAACUCUUUGCGUAACCCGAACACAGGGAGUGAACUGGAAGCUUUGAUGGAGAGAAUGAAGCGAUUGCAAGAAGAGAGAGAAGACGACGAUGCAUCAGAAGAGGAGAUGUUCACUCGCUUUGAGAAAGAAAAGAAAGAGAGUCUUUUGGUCGUGUCCGCAGGGUUCGAUGAGGAAGUUGUCCCUCCCUCUCCUGUGGCUCGGUUUGUAGAUGACCCGUCGUUUGGAUACCAGGACUUUGCACGACACGGAGAAGACAACCCACCCACUUUUAAAGCACAAGACUACUCAUGGGAAGAUCAUGGUUUCUCUCUGGUGAACAGAUUGUACUCUGACAUUGGUCACCUUUUGGACGAUAAGUUCAGAACGGCUUGUGAUCUGACCUAUUACAACAUGGCCAGUCAUGAGGGGGUGGAUACCAGCAUGCUGCGCAGGGCACUCUUCAACUACGUCCACUGUAUGUACGGUAUAAGAUACGACGACUACGAUUACGGAGAAGUAAAUCAGUUGUUUGAGCGUAGUCUGAAGGUUUACAUUAAGACAGUGACGUGUUACCCAGAAAGAACCACCCGCCGCAUGUACGAGAGCUACUGGCACCAGUUCAGACACUCAGAGAAGGUUCAUGUGAAUUUGCUUCUAAUGGAGGCUCGCAUGCAGGCAGAAUUGCUCUAUGCUUUGAGAGCCAUCACACAUUACAUGACCUGACCAAUCAGACUUCACCCAGUUGGACUGCUCUCAUUGUGACGCCUAUAUUUAACCAGUUCGAUUUUUUCUAUAAUGAAUCAGCCCAUAUCUGCCAUUUGUCGUGACCGAUCAGACAAUCAGACUUUUCAAUACGUACAGUUAUUAUAUAAUUAUAUAACAACCAGACUUAUGACCAGUAUGAGCACAUGUCAACAGCAAUUGGUUUUGUAUAUAGUUUCGUUCAAGUUAUUGCCUAGCUCUUAAUCUUUUGUCACUUCAAAGAUUAUCUGUAGUAUUUCUUGGGAUGUUCAGAUCAGUAACCUCACAACAGAAGUUAUGUGAAUGAACACAAACCAUUCUGGUAUAAUCCCAGACGUCAAAGAACGUAUCCAGGGACAUAUAAAUGUCGAAUUGGACCGCAUGGAUUCAUUUAAAUCAAUAAUCCAUUCAAAUCCAUUCAUUCAAUUAUUUUUGUUGGACUAAAAUAUAUUUUGGGACGGUCAUUUAUGGUCAGGCAAAUUCUUUCUUGACUGAUUAAGACAACCCAAAUCAUCUGACUUGAUUUAUUAUUUGACCUGAUUAACUGGACGAAAUAAUUUAUGACAUCAUCUCAACAUCACACGACAUCAUGACUAGGCAAAUGACAUUUUAACGUGCAAUAUUUUCUCAUUGAAAUCUCACAUAUACUAUAAGCUGAAAUACUGGAGCACCGAGUACAUAACCUUUAACAAGAAGUAGUAAUUUUUUUUCUUUUUUGCACAUCUAAGAAGAACUGUAUUUUGUAACAGAAUACUAUUUUCCUUUUGUAAUAUCAUCUUAAAUGACAACAACAGAAUGUGAUACUCCCGAAGUAAACUGCUUUAGAUGAGAGUCUUUUCCUUUCUUUUGUUAAUCUUUGUGCCUUUUUAAAUUCUUUAAAUUACCUUUUUCGUAUUGAAUCAAUUAUUUAGUUAUGUACACCAUACAUUUUGUUUGGUAUUUUUUUCUACCUUUUUUCUCCCAGGUCAACUUGUUUUGGUUUAGUUGUUUACCUGAAAACUAAGCUUUUGUAGCAUUAAUACUGUACUAUCAGUCCUUUACUAUCUCCUUUCAUUCUCAGUGUUAUACUUUAGAUAGCAACAUUUGUUUUAGUUUAUAUGUUGAUCUGGCACUAAACCCUGCCACUUUCAAUCUCUAAAUAGCUGUACUAAUUACAUUUUGUGACUUUAUUUUUGUGCGAGUGUAUGUGUGCGAGAUUCAACAUGUAGCAUGUCACAUCCCAAACAUUUGUAUGCGUAGGACAAAGUAUUUGCACAUCUUUUAAGCAUCUUUUUGUGGUUGUUUGCUUCUGUGAAAGAUAACUGCGCACAAAAGCACAGGAGGGUUUGUAUGUGAAUGUUAUAUGUCUGACUGUAGGGAGCGUGUGAAAAGUAACUACUUUUGAUACUAUUGAUGUGAUUUAUUACUGUCCCAUCAAAACAUUUAUCAAAGGCUUAUUUAUAUCGCUUUGUGAAUCAUUAUUACAUAUUUGCUCAAUCAAGGUGCAACAUCAGUGUCCUUAAAAAAAUCUAUUGAGAUUGUGUCUGAAAAUAUGUGAAAAUAACAGUGAAAAGAUAAGCUUUAUGGAAGGAGACAAAGUGUUGCUUGGUCCAAUGUUUUUGACAGUGCCUUAUGCAUGUUUUGAAAGCCAGAUUGAUUAUGUGAACCAAUCUGAAUACCUGUAUCACUGGAGCAGGUAAAAUUGCCGUUGAAGUGCCUUUCAAAUUUAGUUGCAAGUGUUAUAAUUUGUAUGUAACAGAUUGUAUUAUUUUCCCAUGCAAAAAUGUUCUUUGAAAAAUUGGUAAAUGUUUGCAACUGUUGUAUUUCCUUUUUGUGAUAGUUAUCCUUAUCACAGUGGUGCUAUGAAGCUUUCAUGUUCUCUACUCAUAAAUUUGUAUAUACAGCGAUCAGCCACAUUAAAACCACCUGCCUGAUAUUGUGUAGGUCCCCCUCAUGCCGCCAAAACAGUG